AUGGUUUCCAAACACAGGGAGUCCACCCAAGCACACAUUGAUGCCAUCGCCAUUCUUGAAGCAGAGGCUCAAAAACGCAUUGUUGAAAUCCGCCAACAAGUCGAGUUCAUGUGCACCGCUCUGCGUGCACAGGGCAACACUCAAAUCAAUGGGCUGAAUCUUGCCAUACGACGACUCACCAUGCGCGAGUUUUGUCAUGAAUACGGUGCUAAUAACAUUACAAUCUUUCAACAACUUGCAAAAGCAAGGCUAGCCCAAGCCAGGAAAAGGACACGUGAUGAAAUGGAAACAGAAGAGGAAGAGUCUGCAGCACCAGCGGCAGCAGUGGCGGCAGCGGUAGCGCAUAAACCAUUACCUCGACGACGACAGCGGCAGCAACAACAGCCAUCAGAACAAUCACCGGUAAAACCAGAAGAACCAAGUCGAUCACCGGUUAAACAAGUUAAGCGUGUUCUUCCACAGCGAGCCGUUAAAGGAAAGAACAGCAAUCAAGUAGUAAAACGAGUACGGGUGGAGCAGCCAAAAGAUGCAUCACUGGAGGAAGAAGAGAAAGAAGACAAUCACACUAGCAAGAUCGAGGUCACCGAAAUUGAUAAAGUUACCCAGGAAACACAACGGACCAACACCGCCGAAUCGUCUACGACAGAAGCUGCUGCACAAAGCGAAGAAGAGGAGGAAUUUGGACCGCUGUUUGUACAUCUUGAGCGUCCCAACCAUCCACGCGUGGGGCUUCAACUUGAUCCACAACGCACAGCAGAUGACCUGGGGCAUUUCACAGUGCAUAUGCCAGACGAAGUGUUUGGACGCAUGAACCAAACACAACGAAACCGCUUAUCCAGUCAAAUUCAGGAUAUACAGGAUCAGUUAGACAAGGUGAAAUCACAUUUACGGCCGAAAUAA